GGGACCGGGCUCCGGGCGGCUCCGGGCACCGCGCGCACACUCCGGGCCGGCUCCCGAGGGCGCCAGCGCGGCCCCGGGGAGCGCGAGCGGGGAGCGCGCGGCCUGCGGUCAGCGGCCCAGCGGCCGAAAAGAUGGUGUCCUGGAUGAUCUCCCGAGCCGUGGUGCUGGUGUUUGGAAUGCUCUAUCCGGCGUACUAUUCCUACAAAGCCGUGAAGACGAAAAAUGUCAAGGAAUAUGUCCGCUGGAUGAUGUACUGGAUAGUCUUUGCCCUCUACACUGUCAUUGAAACGGUGGCGGAUCAGACACUUGCAUGGUUUCCCCUGUACUACGAGCUGAAGAUUGCCUUUGUCAUUUGGCUGCUGUCGCCCUACACUAGAGGGGCCAGUUUAAUCUAUAGGAAGUUCCUUCAUCCCCUGCUGUCAUCAAAGGAAAGGGAAAUUGAUGAUUAUAUUGUCCAAGCCAAAGAAAGAGGCUAUGAGACAAUGGUGAAUUUUGGACGGCAGGGUUUGAAUCUAGCAGCCGCGGCCGCCGUCACCGCAGCAGUGAAGAGCCAAGGAGCAAUAACGGAGCGUUUGCGAAGUUUCAGCAUGCACGAUCUGACAGCUAUCCAAGGGGAUGAGCCCGUGGGACACAGACCCUACCAGACUUUGCCAGAGCCAAAGAGGAAAGCCAGACAAGCCACUGAGUCACCAGCCUAUGGAAUUCCACUGAAAGAUGGAAGUGAGCAAACAGAAGACGAAGCGGAGGGGCCGUUCUCAGAUGACGAGAUGGUGACUCACAAGGGGCUAAGGCGAUCCCAGAGCAUGAAGUCUGUCAAGACCAUCAAAGGUCGCAAAGAGGUGCGGUAUGGUUCACUAAAAUAUAAAGUGAAGAAGCGACCGCAGGUGUAUUUUUAGUGUCUACACCUCACCCAUCCCAAGACGAGUAAACAUUAACAAAUCAACCUAAUUUUCUAACAAGGUGUAGACUUACACUUGAAUCUUCAGAUUUGUGGCAGUGACGGGAUUUACAUAAUGACUUUAAAUGGUCUGUGUUUCUUUAACAAUUACUUUUAGAUUUUUUUUAACUGCUAAACCUAGUAAGGUUUGUUAAUGUGCCUGUAGAUAACAAAAGUGACAGAGGAUCACUUUCCUGAUGUCAAGGGCAACACUGAGUGCCUGGGAUCUAAGGAUAAAGCCCAGACCCAGGGUAUACUUAAAAAGUCUCUGCUUCAGGAUACACCUGCCAGUUGUGGUGUUGCAUUCUGUUUACGUCAUCUGUGCCGCGUCUGUCACAGGAGAGCCGUGCGAGCCACUGAGGAGUCAGCGCCAUGACCAUAGGAUGGUGCUGUGUCCUUCCCCUAAGCCUCAGAAGCUGUCCACCAUGAGCUAAACGAUUUUAAAACAGAUUCUUUGAAAACCAGGUGUCCAUGUAGCACUUUUCUGGCUAGUUUUGCACACUUGAAAAUUGUUUACUUAUUUUACGAUUGUAUAUUUACUUUACAUUUUACAUUUUAUGGAUGCUGUCUGUUUUGUUGUCUGUCAUACUCUGACAUGUCAAGAUUAUGCCUUGGAACCGCAUCAUCUCCUUUUCCUGUGGGUUUGUUUCAUUUGGUAAAUUCAUUCAGCCUAUAUAGAAACAUGUAACUGUUAAAUUUGUACUCCUUUGUUUUGUUUUGUUUUUAUUUUUGAGAUAGGGUCUCUUAUAGCCCAAGGUGGCCUUGAACUCCUGAUCCUCUUCCUGCUUCCACCUCACUGUUGCUGGGAUAACAGUUGUUAUUCUCACAAGGCUAAUUUUAACUGCCUUUCAAUUAUAUUUUUGACCUCUGAAAAGUUAUCUUAAACAUUAAUUAGUGUCCAUAGUUGAAUUCAAUGUGGUUUUUAUCAACAGAAAAUUAUGUUAUUCUAGGGUUCAAAAAAAUAGCUUUUGGGGGCUAGAGACGUGGCUUAGAGGUUAAGAGCACUGGCUGCUCUUCCUGAGGACCAUGGUUCAAUUCCCAGCAACCACAUGGCAGUUUACAAGUGUCUGCAAUACAGUUCCAAGGGAUUGGACUCCCUCACACAGAUACACUUACAGGCAAAACACCAAUGCAAAUUAUAUAGAUAGGUAGGUAGGUAGGUAGGCAGGCAGACAGACAGACAGACAGACAGACAGACAGCUUUUGUGGAAUAGUCACAGAUCCCAGACCAACGUAGCACUUAGUGUUUUCUAACCCAUGGAACUCCCAGUGCCCACACUUCGUUCUCAAGCCGCCUGGCAGAGGCCAAUGCUACCUUACAGCCCCGGCAGCUGUUAGAUUUUUCUGCCUAAGAUUAUUCCCUGAAGAUGAGUGUCAGGAUAAAACACAAACACCAUUGAUGCUACAUAUCCCAGGCUUCUAUAAAACGGCCAUCUUUUUAAUCUAAGAGAUUUAGAGGGAUUGAACUCAGCUAUUUUUAGGUUGCCCUACUAACUGGGUAUUGUGAACACUAAAUCAUAUUAGGGGGGAUGAUUAAUCAAAUUUUCAGUAUCAAACAACAUUUAUGAGGGGGUGCCUGAGGGGCAUCCAUGCACAACCCCCUGAUGCUACGAAUAUUUUCUACACUGAAUCAUAUUGUUAGUAUUUUUAACACCAAAUAAAAAUUCAAAUUUUUUUCCUCUCAAAUUUAUUCUUGUAUCUCCAUCUACUUGGCUUUGACUAAUAGCCUCUUCAUUUCUGGAAGGAUUCUUUAAUUUCUGUUCAAACAUCUAUAAAGUUCUAUAAUAAAUUAUUGGACAGAAUGUUAUUCAUUUUGCCUGCUCGGAACCAAUGCUGUGUGGCAUGGAUGCUGUACAGCAUGGCUGGUUUUCCCUGCAGAGGCCGUGUUACCUGAUAAGGCGAUUUGAUAAGUAAAGUGAGUUACUUUGUCUCCAUGGGGACAGACUGGCAAGACUGUAUGUUUUUCAAGUCCAAUCUCUUAUUAAACUUACCCUUCAGAGCUACGGAGAGAUACCAUGCUUGAGGUACACAAGGCCUUGAGUUCGAUCCCAGAACCAAAAAGAAAAGACAGUUAAAAACUUACCUAUUAUUGAAUGAGCUUGUGAUAUUAAUGAGUUUUUUAAUGAUUUGUUUCUUCUUUUGACUUUUGUUUGUUUGUCUGGGGGGAGGAGGAUGUUUUGUGUUGUGAGACAGAGUCCUGCUAUGUAGCCCUGGCUGUCCUAGAAUUUACUCUGUAGACCAGGAUGGCUUCGAACUCACGAAGCUCCACUUGCCUCACAGACACUGCCAUGCCCAAGUUGUUUUGAGACAAAGCCUCACUCUAGCCAGCUUGAAAUGCACUUAUGUAGCCCAGGCAUUCCUCCAACAUAUGGAUACUCUGGAUGCUUCAGCCUUCUAAGUACUGAAGUGUGUGGCUCCAUAUCCUCCUUCACAGGCUUCUUAAAUUGGGAGAAUUAUCACAUUCUAGAAUCAAAAUGCUCAAGCAAAGAUACCGCCUGACUCAGAAUGAAUGCUGGCUGAUCUGCUCACUGCCAUUCUCCCUCCCAGUCCCUGCUCGGGCUUGUCCCUGCUGUAGACAUGCUCGUGUGCACUUGAUGACUGUCCUACCCUGCUUUGCUUCUGUCCCCCAUGGUCUCCCAUCAUGGCGUGCCCUUAUCUUUGAACUCUGUGUACUGAGCUAAAGCUAUUUUUUGUUCUGUUUCUCUUAAAGUGGAUCGGAGCCACAUCGUUUGUUUCUGCUUUUGAGUAUGCUGAUUUUUUUUUUUUUUUAAGAAAUGUACAUUUAUUCAUAGACCACAGUGCCUUGACUUACCCACGCUGUCCAUUGGAGCACCAGCACAUGAUGCACAAACCUGUUUAAGGCACUGUUUCUCUGCCUUUUGACAUUUAUCCAAAAAAAUUAUAGCCUACUAGUAUUUCAUCUUAGUAUCCAGUCGUUUAAUGUGAUCACUGGUACUUAACAUUCCCCGUACUUAACUGUUAAGUAUAAAAAUUGGUAUGUCUAUACUGUAUCUCUCUCUGUUUCCUUUCUGAUAUUAAAAGGAGCCAUAAGUAGAGCUGGAGAGAUGGCUCGAUGUUUUAAGAACACAUACCGCUCUUGCAGAGGACCUGGGUUCGAUUCUUAGCCCCUAGGCCAGGCAUUUAGUUCACAGUUUGCUUGCAGUGCCAACUCCAGGGGAUAACUCCAGGAAGUCUUCCUCUGAUUCCCAAGGGCACAUGCAUGCACGGAAACAUACCUUCUCACCUACACACGUACUCAUAAACACAUACUGAAAUUAAAAAACCAAAAAUCCUGUGAAAAACAGAAAGGAACCAGAAAUAAGCUGAUUACUAAAUAAACCAUUAUCUAAAGCCACCUCAGUUCCUGAUUAGGUCCCUUCCACACACACUGUAGGUGUUUUAUAGAGCUAAAAGAAAAUGAGAUCUUGCUCUCAUUGCUAGCAACAAACACUUUAGCACAUGGAGGGAUGAAGCGGCGCUAACUCCUCAUGUGUUUUCAGGGAUCUUAGUCUGUGUGUUACCACCAAAGACUUCCACAGUGUUAAAAAGCGUGUAAAUACUCUAAAAUUAUGUCAACCCUCGGCUAACAUGUACCUUCUUUCUUUCUUGUAUUUUUGGAGAAACGCCUGAACCUUUAUGGUAUUACUGUAAUACUGUCUUAUAUUAACUGUAAGGUUUUUUAAAUUGGAAUAUUGUCUGCCAUUACAAAAAAAAAAAAAAACUAGCGGGGGAUCUAACUAGAUCUAAAUACAGAAAUCUGAAUACAGAUCCCACUGCUGUCUCCUCUGACCUCUCCCUUUUAGGUUGAUUUCUUUGUGAAACAGGUCACUUUCGAGAGGGUCCUUGCUUUGUGGUUUAUAGUACUUCUUAAGAAACAUACCCUAAGAUUAGUUUCCUGAAAAGAAAUUGUCUUUUUUCCUAAGUACUUCUAAGAUUAGUCUUUUAGUGGUAAUUCUUCUGAUUGACCUUGACUUACCUUCUAAUAGUUUUUUAACUCUGUGUACUUUAAUACUUUAAGCGGAAAUAAUUUUAUAAAAUCUUUGUUAAGCCUCAAGCCCCCCCCCCCUUACAUGGGUGGCUCUGCAUGUGUGUUUUGGGAAACUUUUACAAUAAAGCGAACUCAUUUCAUUAGUGGCA